GUUACAUUUGGCAUUAAAUGUCAAUUUUUGACAACACAAACCUAAGCUUGUUGAAUAUUUCGAGAAAUGUAAUUUAUUUAUAAUAAUAAACUAUUGUGAAAGGAAAACUAAAUGGAGAAGAUUUGAUAAACAGACAGCGUGGCAGUGCAGACAUUUCGUGUCAAUGAAUAGAGUAUUUUGGUUCCAAAACUCAUAAACAAAUGCAAUAAUGGAUGCGUCUAAGAUUACGAGCAAAACGAGCUCAUUGAAGGCUCUAAUUCUCAAAGCUUGGAGGGAACGUUGGACUGAUAUACAAUGGGGAAUUAAUAUCAAGACUAUUUUACCAAGAGGUGUUAGUGGAGACCUGUAUAACCUAGCUGAUUGUAUAUUACAACAGGCUAUGGUAGGAUGCGGUGCUAAUCAACUGGUUAUUUCAUAUUUAAAACAUUCACUAGCUUCACAUUUGGUGUCUUACGCGGCCGUAUUACAGAGGAUUGCGAAAUUCGAUGCUUUCCACAAACCGCACUGCAUUAUUAGCCUCCUGGAGUUCCUGGAAAGUUUCCUGGACAGUAUAACAUGCAGGGGAAAGAUGGAGGAGGAAGUGCUGGCGUACGCCGUAUCGUCAAUAAUAUUAUGGUUGUUGCAAGUCUAUCAUUAUUCACUCACCAAAUAUCCAUCAUCCAACCCGAUACAAAGUCAGGAUCUUUUGGAGAAGUCAACAUCACUUCUUAAUUCAAUAGUAAACACAGACUUUCUGCUUGCGAUGUUCUAUUUGGCUAAACAGAAUGAUCCAGAUGAGUAUAAGGCGACCAAGAAGUGUCAAGAAAUCACCGCAUUUAUGAUGAUGAAUACCCAGUUCAAAGCUCCAGCGACUAUUCAUGAAACAUUGCAAAAGAUCUGCAACAUGGAGAUUGAUAAAAUUGCUCCGUUGAACAACAAACCAGAGCCUGUUACAUAUUGCUUACAAGCUAUGAUAGCCAUAAAUGUAUUAGCUAACCCCAGUGCUGAUAUGCAGCAGUUCUCCAGCCAACUCCUCAUGGUGCAAAGGACCAAGGGUUACUCACUAUCUAGACUGUAUUGUGAACUGAUUAGAGCCUGUUUCAUAUCUCUCAAUGAUUCUAGCAAGGAUGCUUCAAAGCAGGCACUAUGGGCUGCAUUUACAUUCCUCAAAAUACCACAAGUCAUGAGCUACCUCCAUAGUGUGUGUGGUACAAGCAAUAAAGAAAGUGAAUUCUCGUCAGAAAUGGUAGAAGCAUUUGAGAAGUUACUACAGUCAGCUCCUUUGUUAGAUGUUGUUGAUACAAAAAAUUCUUGUAACAGUAUUAUAUCCCUCAUUGAGCCACUAGUGAAGCUAAAUGUUAUGUCUGAAGCUCAUUUAUCAUAUUUUAGGCAGAAGAGAGAAACAAAAGAUGCGAAAUUGCAAAAAUUAGAACCCACCGGGCUGCAAGGCUCAGUUCCUUCCUUUAUAACCUGUGCCGAACCUACGUUAGCUGGCAUUCUGAAGACAAUGGGAGGAGAUUUCCAUAAAACUCAGGAAUCUCUGUACGCCAUGCUGUGUCAAAUAGUAGGGGGCACAACGUUGGACACUAUACUGGCUGUUGCCACUGUUGAAGGAAAGUUGAAGCUUUUUGUGUCAAGACUGAUAAAGUUUAAUGAGUUUGCAUUAUUUGCGGCAAGUGAAAAAGGUGCCCCACAGACAAAAGUAUACAUAUUUGACAUUUCUUUCCUACUUCUAUGUUCAAUUGUGCAAGAUUACGGAGCUAAUGCUGUGCUAGAUGAAAAUGGUGAUUCUUUUUUUGAAAAGUGGGUUAGAGAAUGUAUGGUGCAUAAAGGAGUUCACAAAUCUCCAGAACAGAUCUUACAAAAAUGUGAACCACAAUUGGUAGAUGUAUUUAUACACCACUUGAGUGCUCCAGAAUUUGACUUCAAGAAUACAAACAUGAAACCCCAUGAUCUAUGCAUGAAUGUUAGUGGUGCAAUAAAAGAAAUUCUGUUUGCUUGGGAACAAGGAUCCCUAUCUGCCUCUGAUGUUAAAAGAAUGUUGGACUCUUUGAGACAUAAAAUGGCUUCAUUGGCAGUUUGUGCUUCAGUGUGGCUUUGUUCAUACAUAAAUGUGGUCCAUCAAGAUGCUUUCUUAAAACCUAUCAAUAUGGUUCAACAAUUCCUGUCACCACCAAGUGAUGCUGAGUUAUCACAAAAUGAUAACUUCAAGGAAAGAGCCACUCUGAUGUGUCAAAUAAUAAGGAAAAUGCAAUAUGACAUACAUCCGCCAUCAGUGCCUAAGUCCAAGGCUUUAGUUUUGACCCACAACAUUAUUUCGCGACAGCCUAUACUAGAACAACUGCAAAGUGUCUGGGAAGAUAUAAAAUCUAGAGGGUAUCUCCACAUUGAUGCCACCCACAUUAUUGAAAAUCUCUUGAAUACCACUGGACCUGUUUGGUUUGUCACUAACCUAGUAAGGGAGACACUUAAAUUUCGUUAUCAAGAGGACCUUGACAGAUCUGUCGAUAUAGUACUUGCUAUGUUUCAUUUGGAUAUUGGGAAGUGUACAGAGGCGUUAUUGCUUCAUGUUUUGCCUCAAUACUUGUAUAAUGCGAAGCUAUGCGAAGAUUUAGUGGAGCCUCAAUCUGCUGUAUUGGCUAAACUAUCUGUAUACAGCAUCUAUGCCGCACUAGAAUCUAGUAAUAUCAACAAAGCGCAUAUUUCUAGAAAGCGUCGUCAUGAUGACUCUGAAGAAAUGGACGCGAUGUGCUCUUCAAAUAAAAUGAGAAGACUAAAUGAUAACACGUCAGAUGGAAGCGGAAUGUACUAUUCGCAGGGGCAUGGCAACUCGGAUAUCGUCCUACGAGAGCCGUUGCUUUCGGCUCUAGAUACUUUGUACACUUCUUUCUCGCAAUUGGCGGGAAAAAAUGGCGAAGUCACCCCCCAAACACAUUUUAUACUGCAGUUCUUGGUUUACGUAGUGCAGUGUGGACAAGAUCGAACGCCGUUCGUAUUGCAAAAAAUGCCAAGUGAACUAGUGCCAACGUUAAUAAAGGCUCUUCCUGAUAGUUUUAAUAUAAGUUUGAUUCUGAGAUUGUAUGAUUUGUCCACUGCUUACGGAAGAAAGGAUACAGCAAGAGACUUAUGCCUUCUCAGAAAUAUGCGUCUUAGACCGGACUUGUGAUAAGAAUCUGUUAUCUAAUGAAAAUUAAUGUAAAUGUAUUUUAAAUAAGUAAAAUAAAUUGGAGAAUUUACAUUUA